AUGGCAUCAAUAGUCGCAGUGGACGAUGUAAUGUCUACUUUAUUACCUAACCUCUCACAAAUGAUUGGUUGGUUAUCGUCAAUCUUUUCGAUAAACAGGAAGCUCGCCAGAUUGGUCAAGUUAAAAAACUCUUUGUGCCAGGUUUUUUACUACAUUUCGGUUGGACAGAGGAUAUGCCAAAGACCGCUUACUGCAAUGCUAAAAGCUGUUGAUUCAGUUUCAAUGGACGCCGGAAAUUUGGAAAAAGCAGAAGUAGUGUCUGAACUGGCUUCUCUACAAAUUCGUAGAGACCUGGUUACAAAGCCUCUUCAAGAAUAUAUAGGAAUUGAAAACGACUUGGGUGCUGUAGGACAGUUGAGUAGUACAAACACGCAACACGAAGAGAAAACACAGCAUACCCUUGAAGCACUCUGCUUCCUGAGUAAUAUAUUUAAGCUAUACCCUAAAAACAACCGUACCAAUUAA